AUGGAACUGGUGAGGUCGGUGGUGGGACACAUGUCCUCAUGGGCGCUGGGCCGUGCUUCGGCGCCUGCGAGCAUCGGUCAAGGUAUGAAAUUUACGUUUCCGUCAACCGACGUCUGUGUGCAUGGCAGGUGGUAUGAGGCGAACAAAACAUGCGUGUGCGACGCCGGGUGGAUCACUGGCAUGCAGCAAGAUGCUCUGGCUCCUGUUUUUCUGUGGUGUAAUUCCACUGACCCGUUUGUUCGGUACCCCCCCGAAAAGAAUCUGCCAGGCCGCGUUCUUACUGCGUUGGGCGGUAAGCUUCCCCCGUGGGCUUUUGCUGUUAUAGUUGUGCUCGUUCCUGUAAUUGUAAUCAUACUCGGCUGCGUAUGUUGUUGUUGCUGCUACUGUCGCCACCGCCGCCCUAAGCCGGACGCUGGAGCCCAACCAACUCUGCAGCAGCAGCAGGGGAUGGUAAACGCGCCCGUGCAGUACCCGCAGGUGGCGAUUGGGUCUGGUUCGGCUGCCCCUGUGAACGUGAUACCCUCGCCAACGUACACAGACGCCACAGCGUAUGUGCCGGUGGUUUCCACGUAUCACAGCACCUCCACUGGACUUGGACCGGCGUACUUUUACUGCGAUCCGUCUGCCGCACAGUUCAUGCGGCCGACGGAGCCGCAGCCUGCAACUGGCAACGGGUGUCCCUCCAUGGACCAACGAGCGCCGAUGAUUGACGAAACGGGCAGCAGCGGUACCGGCGGGACGGACCGAAGUCCCUUUGCCUCGACGAACUCCCUGUGCCCCAUGGAGGAAACAUCGCAGGGUCCCACUGUUCUCCCAGCGAGGACUGAAUAG